UUAGACUCGGGGCAUCGAGGGAGGCCGAGCGGUGACCGAAAGUGCCCGAGGGACAUGAGAGAAGCCGGAGGAGGAGAGCGCACGUGCGGCGUUCCGUCUGCGAGAAAGGUGCAGCAUGGUGAAGAGGAAUCUCCCCAGGUGGGACCAGGAUCCGGAGGAUCGGCUGGUGAACAUCAAUGUGGGUGGCCUGAAGCACAGUUUCUGCUCCAGCAUGCUCCGGAAGUUUCCAGACACGCGACUGUGCCGCCUUCUGUCCUGUGACACAGAGGAAGCCAUUCUGCAGGUUUGUGAUGACUAUGAUGUUCAGAAGAAGGAGUUUUACUUCGACCGGAACCCUGGCCUCUUCCCUUACGUCCUCCAUUUCUACCAGACCGGAAAGCUGCACAUCAUGGAAGAGCUGUGCGUCUUCUCCUUCUGCCAGGAGAUCGAGUACUGGGGCAUCAACGAGUUCUUCUUGGACAGUUGCUGUAGUUAUCGGUACCAUGAUCGCAAGCUGGAAAGCCAUCACAAGUCCUGGGAUGAGGAGAGCGAUGUGAGCAGUGUGGACACUUCCGUGGAUGAGAUAUCUGACCUCAACAAGGACAUUCAGCAUUUCCAGGACAUGCGUUGUGGUAAUGUUCGGAAGUGCCUGUGGCUGACCUUGGAAAACCCAGGAUAUUCCAUCCCAAGCAAGCUCUUCAGUUUGCUUUCCAUCAGUGUCGUGCUAAUGUCAAUUGCCACCAUGUGCAUCAACAGCAUCCCAGAGUAUCACAUGUAUGAUGAGAACGGUCAGCAAAUUGAGGACCCAACCAUGCAAGCUUUAGAGAUUUUCUGUAUCUGCUGGUUCACUUUCGAAGUGGUGACACGGAUGCUUCUCGCCCCAAACCGUCGAAAGUUUUUCCUCCUUCCACUAAACAUGAUUGACAUUAUCUCAGUGGUGCCCAUUUACAUCACGCUCUUCUUUGAUCUGCUUGCUGGUGGCGAAUCUGAGCUUGGGAACUUAGGGAAACUAGUCCAGGUCCUCAGGCUGAUGAGAAUCUUCAGGGUGCUGAAGCUGGCCCGACAUUCAACAGGGCUGAGGUCACUCGGCGCUACUUUAAAGCACAGUUACAGAGAGGUGGGCAUCCUGCUGCUGUACCUGGCGGUGGGCGUGUCUGUUUUCUCUGGCAUGGCUUACACUGCAGAAUAUGAGGAGGACGUCGGUUUGGACACCAUCCCUGCUUGCUGGUGGUGGGGUACAGUUAGCAUGACCACGGUCGGCUACGGGGACGUCGUGCCUGUCACGGUGGCAGGGAAGCUAGCGGCUACAGGCUGCAUCCUCGGAGGCACGCUGGUGGUGGCCUUACCCAUCACCAUCAUAUUCAACAAGUUCUCACAUUUCUACCGCAAACAGAAGGCUCUGGAGGCUUCGGUGAGGAACAACAACAAGAAGAGAAUGAGGAUGAAUGGGCAGGACAGAGAGGGGGAAGAAGGAUCCGAAGGGGACAGUCAGUGUUUGGAAGAUGAGGAAGAGGAUGAAGAUGGAGACAAUGAAGGAGGGGUGGUAAACUACAGCUAUGUACAUCAUCCGCUUCCAAUGUCUUCAUCUCAGUAUGAGAGGAGAGCUCCACUCGCAAGGGGAAAAGAACUUUAUCAGCUCUGAGGGUAACGCGUCUGCACGUCUAGACAUACAAGAGUGCUUGUGUCCUAAUUAAUUAUUGUCAAAAUUGGGUCAUGAAUGAUUAGGGAUGUAUUUAUGCAUUUUCUUUGCCAGAGUUUUCGUUUCACUACUCUAUUGGUACAUUGACAAAAACACUGAGAUUAGGGCUGUGCUGUAUUGAAUCAGAGCAGUGAGGUUGGCCGUAGGCACCUAGUGGUUCAAGAGUGCAGCUUUUCUAACCGUUUUACCUUCACAGAGUCACGUACUGAUUCAAUAGACCUCUAA